AUGCUGGUGCUGCUGCUUCAGCUCAGCACCCAGGCAGGAUUGGCACCUGGAGCUCCAGGAGAUUUCUGGAGGGAGGAGGAGGAGGAGGAGGAAGAGGAGGAGGUGCCCAGCCUGGGCAUCCCAGCCCUCGAAGUGAUGCAGCGGAAGGGGGGGCAGUUGGCCCCUCGAAGGGCAGGGGCCUGGGAGGGGGGACCCCCCCCGCCGGGAGUCCUGGGCCCCUCCUCCUCCUCCUCCUCCUGUCGUGGGGGGGUCAGUCCGGGAGGGGGGCCCUCAUCCCCCCCCCCGCCCUCCCUCCCCCUCCCUUCGGCUGAGAGCAGAAGCAGAAGCGAGGCAGAAGCGACUGACCGGAGCCUUCCCCUCCUCCUCCUUGUCCUCCUUCGGGGCAGAUGUCCAGCAAGCAGGCUGCCACUGGCACCAUGGCCCCCCCCCAGGCUGCGGAUCCUCUUCCUCCUCCUCUUCCAUGGCCUCCUUCUGGUCAGCCUGGUGGCCACCUCUGCCCAGGCUGAUGAGCUGAUUGUGGACACCCAGACAGGCCGAGUGCACGGGGUCCGGAUGCCGGUGCUGAACGGGCACGUCUCGGCCUUCCUGGGCAUCCCCUUCGCGAAGCCCCCCGUGGGCCGGCUGCGAUUCAUGCGCCCGGAGCCCAUCGAGCGCUGGCACGACGUCCUGGACGCCUCUUCCUACCAGCACUCCUGCUACCAGCUGGUGGACAACACCUACCCGGGCUUCCACGGCAUCGAGAUGUGGAACCCCAACCAGAACAUGAGUGAGGACUGCCUCUACCUCAACAUCUGGGUGCCCUCGCCGCGGCCCAAGAACGCCACCGUCCUUGUCUGGAUCUAUGGGGGCGGCUUCUACAGCGGCUCCACCUCGCUGGAUGUCUAUGAUGGACGGUUCCUCACCUACACUGAGAAAGUGGUCCUGGUCUCCAUCAGCUACCGGGUGGGUGCCUUCGGUUUCCUGGCCCUGCUGGGAAGCCAGGAUGCCCCUGGCAACAUGGGCCUCCUGGACCAGCGCAUGGCCCUGCAGUGGGUCCAGAAGAACAUCCAGUUCUUUGGGGGCAACCCAAAAAUGGUCACCAUCUUUGGCGAGAGCGCUGGGGGAGCCUCAGUGGGGAUGCACCUCCUCUCGGCCCAGAGCCAGUCCCUCUUCCAGCGGGCCAUCUUGCAGAGUGGGGCCCCCAAUGCGCCCUGGGCCACCAUCACACCUGCGGAGAGCAGGCGGAGGGCCACUGUGCUGGGCAAGCGGGUGGGCUGCCACUUCAGCAACGACUCGGAGCUUGUCAGCUGCCUGAGGACCAAGACACCCCAGGAGCUGGUCGAUGAGGAGUGGUCAGUGCUGCCCUACAAGAGCGUCUUCCGCUUCUCCUUCGUGCCGGUCAUCGACGGGGACUUCUUCCCAGACACACCGGAGGCCAUGCUGAGCACAGGCAACUUCAAGGACACGCAGGUGUUGCUGGGGGUGGUCAAGGACGAGGGCACCUACUUCCUCAUCUAUGGGGUGCCCGGCUUCAGCAAGGACAACGAGAGCCUCAUCAGCCGGGAGGACUUCCUGGAGGGGGUGCGCAUCGGCGUCCCGCAUGCCAAUGACAUCGCCGCUGAGGCUGUGGUGCUGCAGUACACUGACUGGCAGGAUGAGGACAACCGGGAGAAGAACCGGGAGGCCAUGGAUGACAUCGUGGGCGACCACAACGUCAUCUGCCCCGUCAUGCACUUUGCGGCCCGCUACGCCGAGCACGGCAACAAAGUCUAUGCCUACCUCUUUGACCACCGGGCCUCCAACCUCAUCUGGCCACUCUGGAUGGGCGUCCCACAUGGCUACGAGAUCGAGUUCAUCUUCGGGCUGCCACUGAACAACAGCCUCAACUACACUACUGAGGAGAAGGAGCUCAGCCGGAGGAUGAUGCGCUACUGGGCCAACUUUGCCCGCACUGGGUAAAUGGGACUAAUGGAGGGUGGCAUGCAUGUGGCAGGAGGGCAGAUAUGGGUCCAGGAGAAGGCCAUUGCUCUGAAAGGAAAUGGGGGUCAAAGGGGGAGGCCACGGGUGGGAAAGCAAAGGACCACGAGGAACAGAAAGGAAGAAAGCUGGGCUUCACGGCCCACGUUUGCAAGACUCCAUGUUUAUGUCUGUGCCUAAAUGGAGAGGUUUUUUUACUGUCCCUAAUUUCAGGGAUUUCGUUGUGUUUUAAACUUUAUUUCUUUAUCUUAGAAAUGUAUGCCCUGCUCUUUCGCCUCAGGGCUCCCAGAGCAGCCAGCAAGACAAAGUAGGCAGCAGCCCCUCUUCCUGAGGACAGGAUCAAAAAUUAAGGAAUGACAAAUGAGGAGGAGUAGGGAACUUUGUUCCUUGCAUGAUGGUUUUGAAUAUAUAUUUUUAUCAUGUUACCUUUUUAAAAAAUCAGCAUUUGAACUAUACAUAUAUUGCAUCUAAAAAUGAUGACUGAAUG